AAAGGUAUCUCAAUGGUUUUUCCGGAACAGUGCGGAAUCUGUCCCGGGAAUGGCCCCACCGGGUCCGGCAACAGGUUCAACCCUUAGCCAGCGAAGCUUUCCGCUUUUGGCCAAAAGCUGCGAGGACGUCAGCUGAGAGCACACACUCACACACACACACACGUUUGGACUCGACUUGAGUGCGCCGGCGUCGAUGGGGGGCGGUGGGUGGCGCUGGCGGGGUGGAGGCUAAAGGCGCAAGCAGAGGCGCCGGCAGAGGCUGCGCACGAAGGUGGCAACGGAGACGGAGACGGAGACGUCGGCGGCUGGGCUGGCUAGUGGAUUUGGAUUUGGCCAAAAAAGCGAUUCAGUCUCAGUGCGCUGUUGUCGCUGCGGUAGGCGCGUCGCUUGCAUUUUUAUAGUUUUUCUUUUUCAUUUUCAUUUUCAUUUCUUCUUUUUUUUUUAAUAUAUUUUCUUUCGUGGUGCCUCCUGCUCCAAGCUUCCACCGCCACCGCCACCGCCGACGCCGCCCUUUGCCCGCCUCCCACCACCACCUCUAGCCUUAGCCAGCAGCAUGGAGGAGCUGUUGUACCUGGCUCUUGGCCUCCUCCUGGCCAUCGUUGUGCUCUAUGGCCUGCUGGAGCUGCACUACUUCCUGCGCAUGUGCCUCUGCGUGGUGCUGGCGCGUUUCAUCAAGCGGCGAUGUCACAUCCUGGAUGCCACCACAGUCAAUGGACUGUGCCUCACCAACGACGUGGACACGUUGCUGUAUCACAUGAACAAUGCCCGGUACUUUCGUGAGAUGGACUUUGCCCGGGUGGACUUUUAUGAGCGGACCAACCUGUAUCGCACCAUCACAGGAAUGGGCGGCUCUGUGUUCCAGGGGGCGGCCACCAUACGCUACCGACGCUUCAUUCGACCCUUUCAUAGGUUCAAGAUUGUGUCGCGGAUCAUCUACUGGGACGACCAGUCGCUGUUCAUGGAGCAUCGGUUUGUGCGUCCCUCGGAUAGAUUUGUGCACUGCAUUGCCAUUUGCCGGCAGCGUGUGAUCGAUGUGUCCAUGGAGGCGGUGAUGGCGGAGCUACUGCCACGCACUUCCUCCAAUGGAUUCCGGGCCACGGCUACAACGCCAGUGGUGCCGCUGACUUCGGGCACCAGGGAUCAGGGUGGCAUCAGCAAUCCAGCGUUGGACACUUCGCUGGCGGAGAAUGGACAUGGCACGCCUACGGCGGCGACGGUUGGAGCAGCUGCGUCGGCGCACUGUGCCAAGCUGAAGCCAUCGCUGCCGCCGGAGCUGGGCAAGUGGAUCGAGUACAAUGACAUGUCUAGCAAGAAUUUGCGCAGUGGCUGCUGACUGGGACAACCGGAAACGGAAAUGGUACCCAAUAUAUAUUUUUUUUUUUGUGUGUCGUGUCUGUGCGUGUGCCUGCGCCCCUGUGUAUGUAUGUGUGUAAGUGUGCUAAUGUGUGCUAAUGUUAUUAGUGUGUAAAUUGUAAGCUAUUUAAGUGUCUGGAAACAAAAGCCCGCCCUCCUUUGGCCUUAACUACUAUUUGUAUAAUUACCCAGAGAGAUGAUCGACCAGUCACGCCCCCCUGAUACUCCCCCUUGGUAGUCCACAGUGUGUAAGUUUACGAUGUACAAUGAGUGUUUUAGUAAAAAAAGAAACGAAAAGAACGAAACAUAAAGUAUAAAA